ACCAGUAAGCUGAUAGCAUGAUAAGAGUACGUUUAAAUUUUGCCUUUUUGUUUUGAGAUAUUGCUCGUUGAAUAUUUUUACGAUCUUUUUAGUUAGGGUGCUUCCGUGAAUCUUCACGGCCCUGGUCACGAAUCAGAAGUCGAAGGUCGAGUGGUAUAGUGGUAGAUGGUAACGACGUAAAUAGUGACGCAUAUAGUAACAAUGUAUGCCGAAGGGGAUAUGCUGGUAUGUGCGGAAUCGACGUCGGUAACCAGUACAGGGUGGCUGACUUCGUCGAAGCGACGUUGGGAAGAAUUCACGGGGUGGUUGGUAGUCGCGUGCUCUCAUCGUUAGAGGAAGACAGCGAGACCGAAAUGGCGCAGGAUAUCCCGAGGACGACGUACUUACCGGAAGUGGAGGAGGAUGCAAGAAAGGAACGAGAACGGCGAACUAUUCAAGAGGGAACUGCUACGUGGAAACGGCGAAAGGAGGAGUUACAACGUCAAAAACACCGAGAACAGCGUGAACUGCAGCAACUUUUGAAGAGUUAUUCGCCUUGGGGUAAACCAGGUGGUGGUGCUCCUUGUGCUGCGACUCUUAGAAAGAAAAACGUUCCUCUAGAACCUCUGGAACUAUCAAAGUGUCACGAUUUCGGUCAGCUGGCACCGCUCUGGCCCUGGGGUCGACCUGGUCCGGGUGGAGUUCCUUGGAGGGAUCCCAAGUUGCUGGGUGUGCGCUUCCUCGAAUCCAUGGGAUGGACGAGUAAUUCGACGAUCGAGAGGUUGCACAGAAGGAGCGUUAAUCCUUUACCGGUCGCGGAUACGAACAAGUUUUUCGACGAUCGACCAGAACCAGAUGUCGCUACGGGUAUGCAGCUAGCGAAGAGUUCGAAAGAUCCUUACAACGAGGAAGUUCAAGUGUACGAAUUGACCGGGGGUGUGGAAUUGGUGCCGCUUUUAACCAGCAGACGUUAUUACUCGAAGGGUGCUCGCCACAUUGCCACCGACGCCACCCGGCCUGGAUACACAAUAGACUCCUUGCGAACGUUAGAAGUUGGAAAUCGCGAGUACAUCACUGAACUCUGUGAUCAAAUGCGACGAAAACAGGAGAAGGCAUUGGAGGAGCGAAGGAUGGAGCAGGAAAGUUGUCGGAGACACUUCGAUACCUGGAGAAAGUUGUGGGGCCGACCUGGUCACGGAGCGCCCAUAGAUCACGCCCAUCGUAACAAUCUCUACAACAUUCUCUAUCGUCCGGCUAUCUAUUGAAUUUCCACUCGCACUCGGAAAAAUCAGAACUGAAUCUCCCACUUUCUUCCCGCGCGAUCGAGCAACUUGGGAGAAAUCUCUUUAUGUUGGGCAAAAGAAUUGUUACGGGGCGGG